AAAUUAAAUAUAUGUAUUUAUGUUUGUCUAGGACCUGACCAAUGGCACAAAUUAUACCCUAUUGCCAGCGGAGAUCAUCAGUCUCCUAUUGAUAUCAAAACCAAAGAAGUAAAAAAAGACCCAUCUCUAGGUCGUCUCCAGAUCACUUGGAAUUCAGGCACAUGUAAAGAAAUCAUCAAUGUUGGACACUCCUUCCAUGUGAAUUUUGAAGACAAGGAUAAUCAAUCAGUGGUGACUGGUGGACCCUUGACUGGAAGCUACAGGCUGCGUCAGUUUCACUUUCACUGGGGCCCAGUUGAUGAUCAUGGUUCUGAGCACACAGUGGAUGGAGCAAAAUAUGCAUCAGAGCUUCAUCUGGUUCACUGGAAUUCAGCUAAAUAUUCAAGCAUAGCUGAGGCUUCAGAUAAGCCAGAUGGUUUGGCAAUUGUCACUGUUUUUCUGAAGGUUGGUCCCCCCAAUGACAAACUACAGGAAAUUGUAAAGGCUUUAGGUGCAGUAAAGACCAAGGGCAAACAAGCUCCAUUCACUAAUUUUGACCCAUCAACCCUACUUCCUAAAUCCAUGGACUACUGGACCUACAAUGGCUCUCUGACUCAUCCUCCUCUUUACGAGAGUGUUAUCUGGAUUAUCUUUAAGGAACCUAUUACCAUCAGCUCAGAGCAGCUGGCCCAGUUCCGGAGCAUCCUAUCUUCUGCUGAAGGUGAAACACCUUGUCCCAUCUUGACCAAUCAUCGACUUUGUCAGCCACUGAAGGGCAGAGUAGUGAGAACCUAAAGACAGACAGUCAAGAUGAUUGGCCAGGAGUGGAGCCAUUUUAUCCAAAGCAAAGUUCCUAAACAUAACACCAUGUAACAGUUCAUAGGAAUCAGGAAAAAGUAACUUUGCUUUUAAGCUGUACUACUCAACCUGCCAUGUGCUGUUAUCAUUUCAUUGUGCCAGUAUGCUGAUGUUUUACCGAAAUGAAUGUAUGCACCUCAUGCAUUAUGGAUCAAAUACUUUUCAAUCUGUGCUUUUUAGCUGCUAGCAUUUUAAAAUAUUUUUGCAAUAAUCUUAACAUUUGUAUUAAAUUGGUUAAACAGCCAGGUGUCAGGGUGGUGAGCAGCCACAUAACAUAAAUACAUGUUUGGAAUCUUUCAUGAUUUAGGUAAUGACUAGAAGAUUCAUAGUAAAUGCUUGCAUUAUUUUUACAAAGGAAUCACUUCUGUUUAUCUAAACCUGAGGUGUUACCAAUGAUUUGGCCAAUGAAAAUUGACAUGCUUGUCCUUUCUAUGUGUUUGAUUUGCACUUUAUUCAGCUUAAAUACUGAGUAUUGCUUUUUUCAAGAUAAAUUGGGCAAGAAAGUCUGUUGCCUCAAAAAAACCCGUUUCCACCAGACCUGUUUAUAUCAAUUGCCUAAUGCAGAAACACACAUACAAUGGAAAGUCCCAUACUUCCUGGAGAUAUAGAUGUUUAUAUUCAUCAAGGAUAUGCUUUAUUUCUAUGUUCAAGAGGAAAACACCUAACUGAAUGUCAUGCAAUCAGAUUGCUAUUUUCAUCAACCACACAAACUCCUACUAACUUUUCACUAACUGCUGCAAAUAAAGCAAAACCAGUGUGAAUCAGGGGUUGUCAACCAGGGGUAUGCAUACCCCGGGGGUACUUGGGCCAGUCCUAGGGGGUAUGCUUGGGCAGGCAGGGACAGAGCAUUGCCACCUCCCAGGAGCAGGGCUGGGGUUGGGUGAGGGUAUCAGCACCCCCAUGCAAGGUGGGGAAGCUUGGCCGUUGCUGCCACACACCAGUCCAGUGAGCUUCCCUGCCCUGCAGAGAGGCACUGCUGCCCUCACCCC